AUGACUGUGAUGAUUGACAAUUGGAUUGCUGAGUGUGACCAAUGUCAACGUGAGGGAAAGACUCUGGGUACAGUUGCACCACUCCAAACAAUAAAGGUGUCUGCUGUUUGGGAGCUGCUGGGGAUUGACCUAACUGGGCCCUUCCCCAAAACUACUGAUGGCUAUCAGCAUGGGUGCCCGAAACGGAUCCUGUCUGAUCAAGGGCGGGAUUUUGUAAAUGAGCUCAAUGAUUCUCUGUGCUCUCUGCUGGGCAUUGAGAGAAGCGUCACCGCUGCGUACCACCCACAGACUAAUGGGUUGGACGAAAAGACCAACCACAACAUCAAGAGAGCUUUGAUGAAGUCAAAGGUGCACAUCUCAACCAAACACACCCCAUUCCAGUUGAUGUAUGGGCGGGAGGCUGUGUUCCCCUCAGAGGUGCCUGUAGAUUAUCCUUGCAGCAGGAGACAAUCAUGGCACUUUCUUGACCCACCAAUCAAAGCUUUUGGAGGAUUUGAAGAAGGGAAAAAUAGCAGAUUCACCAGGACACUGCCAAAUGUGACAGCUACACACCAAUGGAACUUGAGAGUGAGAAGGCGCUUGACAUACAAACAGAACAGAGCAAUGAGGGUAUGCCCCAUUGUACAAAGAAGAGCUAAAUGA